AUGAAAAAGGAUGACAACGAGGCAUCUUGCAAUGAUACUCCAAUAAAAGCAGACUGUGGCCGACAGCAGUCCACAUCUCGCAUCGUCAGAGGCAGCGUUGCACAGAGGGGUCAGUGGCCUUGGCAGUUAUCUCUGCACUUUAGGGGCUCCCAUGUGUGUGGAGGGGUCCUGAUUGCGCCCGAUUUCGUGCUGACUGCCGCCCACUGCUUCCCAGGGAAUUUCCCUUCGAUGCAAUCGCCCCAGUUUUGGCAAGUGUACGGAGGCGCUGUGUCUCUGGAUGAUCUACCUCAGCCCUUCCUGGUUGAGAGUAUCAUACUGAAUGAAAACUACGACAACAGGACCAACGAUCUAGAUGUUGCUCUGCUCAAGCUGACCGCUCCAGUUGAUUUUGACGUUGAUGUUCACCCAGCAUGUCUGUCAGUUAGAGAACAGCCAUUUCCUGACGGUACCACGUGUUGGACUUCCGGCUUUGGCACCACCCAGGCAGGAUCAGGUGGUAUCUCGACUGAUCUGAUGGAGGUGACAGUGGACAUCAUCGGCACAGACGUGUGCAACAACGGUCAGGUGUACGCCGGAGCUGUGACUGCCAACAUGAUCUGUGCCGGACACCUGGAUGGAGGGCGAGAUUCCUGUCAGGGCGACAGUGGUGGGCCUUUGGUGUGUCAGACUGAUGACCUGUGGUACCUGGUGGGCAUCACCAGCUGGGGGCAAGGCUGUGCUCAGAGAAACAGGCCGGGUGUUUACACCAGAGUCAGCAAUGUUCUUCCUUGGAUCUACACCAACAUGCAGCAUGAAAGGCCCUAAUGUCACUUCUUGCUGCCAGCCGGCUAUCUGGUUUCCCCUCGUCUGCAUUGAACUCUGCACUGUGAAGCUGUCUUCCAACAAAGACGGAUGGACCAAUGAGGGGAGACGCUCCAG